CGGGCGCCGGAGCGGGUGUGUGCGCGGGGGCGCGCGCGCGGGCCGGGAGGAGGCUCCCGAGAGCGAGAAGGUCCUCGCGGCUCAGCCCGGUCCCCCCGCCCCCCCGCGCCCCAUGUGAGGGAACCGGGGAGGCCGGCGGCUCGGGGAGGGCGAGGCAUGUGCACGGGCCGGCGGGUGCCGCGGCCGCCCGGGGACGAGGAGGACGGCGGCGGCGAGGACAGCGGGGCGCUCGCGGCGGCGGGCCGGCGCCGGGGCGAUGCGGCGGGCGGCGUGUGCCCGGCGGUAGCGCACUCCAGGCGGCUCGGAGGCGGCGCUGGCGGGCUGCGGGCAGGGCGGCCCGGAGGCGGCGGCGGCGGCCGCCAGAAGUAGCAGCAGGACCGGCGGCGGGGACGGCAGCCUGAGAUGCAUUCUCUCCUCCAGCGGCCAUGUUAACCAGGAAACCUUCGGCCGCCGCUCCCGCCGCCUACCCGACCGGCCGAGGAGGGGACAGCGCCGCCCGCCAGCUGCAGGCUUCCCCCGCGGCGCUCGGAGCGGGGCCCCCCCGGAGCGGAGUGGGGACCGGCCCGCCCUCGCCCAUCGCCCUGCCGCCCCUCCGGGCCAGCAACGCUGCGGCCGCGGCGCACACGAUUGGUGGCAGUAAGCACACGAUGAAUGAUCACCUCCACGUGGGCAGCCACGGCCACGGGCAGAUCCAGGUGCAGCAGCUGUUUGAGGACAACAGCAACAAGCGGACCGUGCUCACGACACAGCCAAAUGGGCUCACCUCGGUGGGGAAGGCGGGGCUGCCGGUGGUGCCGGAGCGGCAGCUGGAGAGCAUCCACCGGCGGCAGGGGAGCUCCACCUCCCUGAAGUCCAUGGAAGGUCUGGCGAAGGUGAAAGCCCCCCCGCUGACGCCCGAGCAGGCCAUGAAGCAGUACAUGCAGAAGCUGACCACCUUCGAGCACCACGAGAUCUUCAGCUACCCCGAGAUCUACUUCCUGGGUCCAAACGCCAAGAAGCGCCAGGGCAUGACGGGCGGGUCCAACAACGGCGGCUACGACGACGACCAGGGCUCCUACGUGCAGGUGCCCCACGACCACGUGGCCUACAGGUACGAGGUCCUCAAGGUCAUCGGGAAGGGCAGCUUCGGGCAGGUGGUCAAGGCCUACGACCACAAGGUGCACCAGCACGUGGCCCUGAAGAUGGUGCGGAACGAGAAGCGCUUCCACCGGCAGGCGGCCGAGGAGAUCCGCAUCCUGGAGCACCUGCGGAAGCAGGACAAGGACAACACCAUGAACGUCAUCCACAUGCUGGAGAACUUCACCUUCCGCAACCACAUCUGCAUGACGUUCGAGCUGCUGAGCAUGAACCUCUACGAGCUCAUCAAGAAGAACAAGUUCCAGGGCUUCAGCCUGCCUCUGGUGCGCAAGUUCGCGCACUCCAUCCUGCAGUGCUUGGAUGCUUUGCACAAAAACAGGAUCAUCCACUGUGACCUGAAGCCCGAGAACAUCCUGCUGAAGCAGCAGGGCAGGAGCGGCAUCAAGGUGAUCGACUUCGGCUCCAGCUGCUAUGAGCACCAGCGCGUCUACACGUACAUCCAGUCCCGCUUUUACCGGGCCCCGGAGGUGAUCCUCGGCGCCAGGUACGGCAUGCCCAUCGAUAUGUGGAGCCUGGGCUGCAUUCUGGCGGAGCUCCUGACCGGGUACCCCCUCUUGCCGGGGGAGGAUGAAGGGGACCAGCUGGCCUGUAUGAUCGAACUGUUGGGCAUGCCCUCCCAGAAACUGCUGGAUGCUUCUAAACGAGCCAAAAAUUUCGUGAGCUCCAAGGGAUACCCCCGCUACUGCACUGUCACGACCCUCUCGGACGGCUCUGUGGUCCUCAACGGAGGCCGCUCCCGGAGGGGGAAACUGAGGGGCCCGCCGGAGAGCAGAGAGUGGGGGAACGCACUGAAGGGGUGUGACGAUCCCCUCUUCCUUGACUUCUUGAAACAGUGUUUAGAAUGGGAUCCUGUGGUCCGCAUGACCCCCGGCCAGGCGUUGCGGCACCCCUGGCUGAGGAGGCGGUUGCCAAAGCCCCCCUCUGGGGAGAAGACGGCGGUGAAAAGGAUAACUGAGACCACUGGUGCUAUCACUUCCAUUUCUAAGUUACCUCCACCUUCCAGCUCUGCUUCCAAACUGAGGACUAAUUUGGCACAGAUGACAGAUGCCAACGGGAAUAUUCAGCAGAGGACAGUCUUGCCAAAACUUGUUAGCUGAGCUGAGUUCCCCCCCCCAUGCUGGUAAUCUGAAAGAUACAAUGCGGCUGAGCCUUAUUGGGUUGCAAAGGAGUAGUAGCUCAGACCCGUUUUUAUUUGCUCAAUAACUUGACUCAUUUGUAUCUCUUCAGCACUUAUUUUAAUGUAAGAAAGUCAUUUGUUUUGUUUUUAUAAAAUACAUGGGGACAAUG